GGCGCGGUGGCCCUGGAGUCCUGUGCUCCCUCAGGCCGCGGAGGCGAUGCUGGCUGCUGUGGGUCGGACGGCGGGGUCCGCGGGGAUGUGACGGGCGGUCCUCGCCUCACCUGCGGUCCUUGGGCCCGUAGGUCCCCGGGCGACCCGCCGCGGGCCGCGGCCGAGGAGGCAGCGCGACCUCCGCACGAUUCUGUCAAAUUUUAAGAACAAAUGCACCUUAUAGCUCAUGGAAGAAAAAACACAAAUCAAGACAUUUUUGGGUUCCAAGUUGCCAAAGUAUGGAACAAAAUCUGUAAGAAGUACACUGCAGCCAAUGCCAAAUGGGACACCUGUUAAUUUAUUGGGAACUUCCAAGAAUGGCAAUGUCAAAAGUUACAUCAAAAAUAAUGGCUCUGAUUGUCUGUUGUCCCAUUCAUUUAACUGGAGAACGGCAAAUAAAUACCAGCUUAGUGCACAGAGUGCUGAAGAGCCUAACAAUACUCAAAGUUCACAUGAUAAAGUAAUUGAUCCUGAGAAACAUGCACCUACUCAAGGAAUGUUUGAUAAAAAUGGGAUAAAGGGAGGUUUGAAAAGUGUUUCUUUACUCACAUCAAAGUUAGCAAAGCCGUCCACUAUGUUUGUGUCAUCUACAGAGGAGUUAAACCAAAAGACUUUGUCUGGAACAUCUAAUUUGGGUAAAUUCACCAAAGGCAAAUUAUUGGGAAGGACUUCAUAUUCUUCAAUCAGUGCACCGAAAUCGCAGUUGAAUGGAUUUUAUGGAAACCGAUCAGGUGGUAGCAUACAAAGGCCUAGAGCAAACUCCUGUGCCACCAGAAGCAGUUCUGGAGAAAGCUUAGCACAAUCCCUAGACAACAUUAAGUCUCUUACUUGUGAAAAAAUGGUAAGGUCACAAAGUUUUUCACAUUCCAUUCAGAAUUCAUUCCUUCCAUCGUCAUCUAUAACCAGAUCACAUUCCUUCAAUAGAGCUGCAGAUCUUACAAAGCCUUAUCAGAACCAACAGCUACCCAUUAGAGUGCCUCUGAGGUCAAGUAUGCUAACAAGAAAUUCCCGGCAGUCAGAAGUACUCAAUGCGAAUGAACAUUUAGGGUAUGGAUUUAAUAGGCCUUACGCUGCUGCUGGAAAGAAGUUGGCUUUACCAAAUGGCCCAGGUGUAACUUCCACUUUGGGUUAUAGGAUGGUUCCUCCCUCUCUACUAAAAUCUAGCCGACCUCCAUUUUCUGGGACUAUCACAGUUGAUGGUAAUAAAAAUUCACCUGCUGAUGCAUGUGUAGAGGAAGAUGCUGCACUUUUGGCUAAGGACAGAGCUACUGAUAAGGACCAAGAACUAAUUGAAAAUGAUAGUUACAGAACAGAAAAUGACCAGACCAUGAAGCAUGAUGCUAAAACUAGAUUCCUGAGUGAUGAUGUGGAUGACAUUUCCUUGUCUUCUUUGUCAUCUUCUGAUAAGAAUGAUUUAAGUGAAGACUUUAGUGAUGAUUUUAUAGAUGUAGAAGACUCCAACCGAACUAGAAUAACUCCAGAGGAAAUUGCUCUCAAAGAAGAAAAGCAUGAAAAUGUACCACCAAAGGAUAUAUUUGAUUCCCCCAAGGAAAAUGAAAAAUCCUUCAGUAAAACUGAUGAGUGGAUAGAUAUAAGUGUCUCUGUUGAAGACAGGAGUGAAAGUAGAAAACAUGCUUCUGGGAAUAACUUGAUUUCACCAGAUACAGAUUACAGAGCUGGUUCUUCAUUUGAACUCUCUCCGUCUGAUAGCUCUGAUGGAACAUACAUGUGGGAUGAAGAGGGCUUGGAGCCCAUUGGAAAUGUCCAUCCAGUUGGGAGCUAUGAAUCCUCUGAAAUGAACAGCAUAGAUAUUCUGAAUAAUCUUGAAUCAUGUGACCUUGAGGAUGAUGACCUUAUGCUUGAUGUGGAUUUGCCUGAGGAUGCACCUCUUGACAAUGUGGAGUGUGACGAUAUGAACCGCUUUGACCGAUCAGACAGGAAUGUUCGGCAGUCUCAGGAGGGAUUUUGGAAAAGGCCGACCCAGAGGUGGAGUGGACAGGAACAUUACCACCUCAGCCAUCCUGACCACUAUCAUCACCACGGGAAAAGUGACUUGAGCAGAGGCUCUCCCUAUAGAGAAUCUCCUUUGGGACAUUUUGAAAGCUAUGGAGGGACCCCCUUUUUCCAGGCUCAGAAGAUGUUUGUAGAUGUACCCGAAAAUACAGUGAUACUGGAUGAGAUGACCCUCCGGCACAUGGUCCAGGAUUGCACUGCUGUCAAAACCCAGUUACUCAAACUGAAACGUCUGCUGCAUCAGCAUGAUGGAAGUGGUUCAUUGCAUGAUAUCCAACUAUCAUUGCCAUCCAGUCCAGAACCAGAGGAUGGUGAUCAAAUAUAUAAGAAUGAAGAUUUAUUAAAUGAAAUAAAACAACUUAAAGAGGAAAUAAAGAAAAAAGAUGAAAAAAUUCAACUAUUAGAACAUCAGCUUGCAACUCAGUGUAACUGCCACCAAAAAUCUAAAGAGGAAAAAUGCACAUAUGCUGAUAAAUAUACCCAAACACCCUGGAGAAAAAUUCCUCCUCAAGUACUACAGCCUUCCAGCAGCCUUCCCAGACUCACAGACCCCGCCCAGGGAAAACUAAUAAAGCCACAACGUAUCGAGGCCCUCAGUGAAUGCACAGUCCAGGGCACAGCUCAGGGUGAGGCACGUCUGGAUGAAAGCUGCACACACGGCUUGCCGCAAGAAAGCAACCAUGGUCUGGAAGACCGGCCUUGUUCCUCAAGCCUGCAAUUCACUACAGAUGUGGCAAAGAGUACCCCUUCUGAAGCAAACUUGAACAUGACCACGAAUGCUCAAGAGCCUUAUCAUUUGGUGGAUAAUCAAAUUAGUGACAUGCAGUUUGUACCCACUUCUCUUCAGGCGCUUCCCCAGUCAAGAACAGUAGACCAGGCUAAGAGAGUUGGAAGAAAUCAGUCUUCACCGGAGGACCACAUGUCACAGCCCAAGUCCUUGCAGCUUUUUAAGCCAUCCGUCUUGAAUUCUUUGGUACCUCCUCCAGUUUCUGAAUCAUCUUCAAGUAGGACUCCCACUUGUAACAAGUCACCAAUAAUCAUACCAUGUAAUUCAGCUAAACUUCAGCCAACAUCUAGUCAAACAAGUCUUGCAAAUAAUCCAAAUCCAAAAGCAUCUAAGCUCCGCCCCCCUUCUGGCUCUUUCAAACAAAAACAAAUAAGCAACCCCCGACUAGAGCCUCAAAACUUCCAGGCCAAGACAAGCCUCCCAAGGCCACUAACAAGAAAGAAAGAAAUCAUGCAGAAUCCAAAUGGCAAUUUGAAUUCUGGGGAUUGUUUGGCUUCUACACGAUAUUCUCGUCUUCCUAAACCAAAGAUACAUUAACUACCUAGCCAUCACCUGCCAAUUUGUUUUUUUAAAAAACAAUCUGUUCUGUAAUAGCUUUAUGUGCUAUUUGCUACCAUGAUGGAGGUUCCAUUGAAAGCUUGCAAAUCUUAAAAUUAAAAUGUGGAAGCUUCUACUAGUUUGGCUCUUCCAUUUUAUAUCCUGGUCGAAGUACAUAGCACUUGAGCAUAUUUGUCUCAGGUAAACACAAAAGUUUGCUUAGCCAUCUCAGAGGCCUACAGAAGGCUCUAAUCAUGUAAUCCAUUCCUCUGCACAUCAGAAAAUUCCUGAUAUUCCACUUAGCAGGCAAGAAAUGUGCUUUGCUGAUUUAAUCCUUUUAAGGUCUGUAUUAAUGGUGGUUCUCAGAGCCUCAUCCUUUUUCACUUGUCCCUCCUGUGAAUAUGGUUACUAUUUUAACUAAAGGUUUGAUGAUAAUGGAAGAUAGUAGUCUGUAAACACAGUUCUGGCCAGUGUUUGUAUACUUAAAAGGUCUAUGCAAAAGCUCUGUGAUGAAUAAAGGAGAUCCAGCUUUUAAUGGGAAGCCUAUGUAAGCUUUAUUUUUCCUUGCUAGGAUCAGCAAGCUAGUCUCAGUAUUUAUUUAUUUACCAGACAAAUUCCCCAGGCUAAAAAUGUUUCGUAUUAUAUAUAAACCAAUUAUAUGUUGCUCUAACAUCUUGUUUUACACGUGCACGCGCACACACACACACACUCCAUUUGUGUUUGUUUUUUGCUACUGGAUAAAUUUUGGAAAGCUUGAGAUACAUCUUGAAACCUGUACUUAAAGAUCUAUUCAUUUGUGACAUGUUGUGCUCGAGUUUUGCUGGUAAUUCAGUUUUGAACCCUGUAGGCUUAUGGAUCCAUGAUAGCUGUUUUAAGGUUCCACAGCAUAUAUUUUAAAUUAAGUCUUACUGUAAUAUUUAUAUUUAUUGACUUUCUGCUAAUAUCCGAAGACUGGAAUAAUGGACUUGAAAUGUUUGCACAAAACUUUGGUGGGAUAUAAAUAUCUCAUACAUAGGGAUUUAAAACUAUUUUCUAUAGCCAAACAAGUUAAAAUGUUUUGAGAAUGAGUAUAAAUUUAAGUAUGACUAUCUUGAGAAAGCUGGAAUUCAUAAGUUUUGUUUUUCUGAGUUUUCCAGAUUUUCCUUUUAUGUCGGUGUGUGUUUGAAUGACAGUUUCUUGAAAAGUAGAUUCGGGAAGAAAAAUAGAAUUGGAGAGGAGAAAUUGUGUUGUAUUAAAAGGUAUUAAAAGAUA